AUUGGACACUUAUUUGCUUUUUGCUAUAUUUUCUAGAUAUAUAUGACUCUCCCAGCUGUACCUUGGGGGAUUACAUACCUCUGUUUUUGAAUUCUACUCCUCUAAAUCAGGAAAGAAAAACUGCAUUUGUUGGUAGUCAAUUUGAGUUCAACAUCACUGUGUAUGCAUCAAAGGCAAAUGUUUCCGAUAUACUGGUUACUGGCCCACUGAAUCUGAACAAAUCAUUCCAGUUUGAUACCAUGACAAGAACUGGUAAUGCAACUGUAAUGUGGACCCCAUCUGAAAAAGACGUGGGCAACUAUAUACCAUUUUGUUUUAAUGCUUGGACUGCGGGACCGUAUCAGUCUGAGAUGAGAUGCAUAUUUGUGAAUGUAGUGCCUAAGACGCCCAAUGUGAGUAACAUGACGUCUACAACACCCAGCAACAUUGAAGCUAACGUUGUGUGCACUGAGACGACGAUGAGCCUGUUUGUGUUGAAGUCUUCGGUCCCGGGCCUUAAUGAGCAUAACUUGCGCCUUAAUGAUCCCAUGUGCACCGUGACAUCUAAUUCAAGCCAUCUGAUUGCCAGCUUGUCUUUGAACUCCUGUGGCACAGAAAUUCAGGAUAAUGGCACUGCCAUAAUUUUCCAGAAUGAAAUUUCAACUUUUGAUUAUCCUAAUCAAAUUAUAAGCAAAGAAAAUCAGGUGGAGAUUCCCUUCAGUUGUGCUUAUCCAAAUAAGGGUCAAGCGUCUGCUUCAUUUAGUCCUCACAAGUCCAACUACAUGUUCUCUGAAGCUGGCUUUGGGACCUUCACGUUUGUGUUUGAGUUUUAUAACAGCGACUUCACAAACAUCAUCGACCCUAGCGAGUACCCAGUCAAGGUGGAACUCGGGCAAAUGUUGUUCAUGGGCAUCAGUGUGAAGUCAUCGCUGAAUAACAUCAAGCUGUUUGUCGACACAUGCCGGAGUACGCCUCAUGAUGACCCCAAUGACUCCAUCUAUUAUGACAUCAUUUCAAAUGGGUGUGUUAAAGAUGACAGUGUAAAAAUCUUUCCCACCAAUCAGACUCAGUUUAACUUUGGACUGACAGCCUACAGUUUUAUUGGAGGAUACCCCCAGGUGUUCAUCACCUGCAGUGUCAUUCUCUGUGAAGCUGACAGUCCAGACACCCGAUGCUCUCAGGGCUGCAUUGAGAGCUCAAAUAUCCCAACUAUCCCAAGCAGGAAGAGGAGGUCAUUGUCUUUGGAGAGCCAGAAACACUUCAUUUCCCAAGGACCCCUCUACCUUGCUGGGAAGACUCAAUACAAUAACAAUUUAGGCCAGAAUCUGAAUCUGAACACUAUGGUUAUAGCAGUGGCAUUCAUUGUAGCAGUGGCCAUUUUUGCUGGUGCCCUGGUUUACAAGGCGAAAAUGUCAAAGGUGGUCAGAUAUGAAAGCCUUCCUUCAUCAGGUUUUUGAAUAUCUUGACAAUGGCGUCUCACUGGAGCAGAUUUCUGAGGUGAAAUAAGAGUGAAAAGGCGCCCUCAGCUUCAAUAUAAAUGGAUGUGGUGAUAAUUGCAUUAAAAUCAGGUUCAGGUUUAAAGACACACUUUAAAAUUAACAUUAAAUUUUCUUUUUCUUUUUAAUCAGUCUGAAAGAAAUCAAACACAGACAGUAAAUACGCAUAGUACUUAUUUCUUCAUAUUUAAUUUCAGCUCAGUCUAUUUAGGGGUUUUUCUAAAUGCCAAAGCUCUACUUUAACUACCAUGUCUAUAGAUUGGGUGAGGUGCUGCACUGGUGCUUCCUGGAGCCAUCAUCUUAGGUUCAAAUCCCUCAAGUGAAGUUCUCUUUGAGUUUCCCUCCCACAUCCCAAAGAUGUUUCAUUGGGGGUGAAUGUAGCCAUCAACAUGGGCACCUCAUGUGAAUUUGAGUGUAACCAGCAAUGGACUGGCACCCUGUUCCACUCUAGUGCCUGGUGCUUUGCUCCACUGUGCCCUUAAAUUGGAUUACAUGGGUCUCAUAAUGUUAUGUUUGCUGUGUUAGAUUAGACACACUGAAGAUAUGUAAAGCACUUUGGUCCCAAUGUGUCAAGAAGGUAUCAGCAACAGAAGUAAAGCUGGCUAUUAAACUCUUCUUCUUUGAUUUUGAUUCCAUAUGUUUGAAUGAUGUUGUCUUCUAAGUGUCCUUUUCCUGUCUUCUAACUCAGACGUUGGCAUUUACUGUCAUGUCCUUGGUAUAAUCUCAAGAGAUUUUUUAAAAUAUUAGUGUACUGUCUAAACAUCUGAUUAAAAA